GAAUGGUUGAGUCCAGUCUCCGGCUGUUUGAGUGAACAUGGCGGCCCGUUGCUUAGUACAAAUUGUUACGUGAUUAUAACCUUAAAUUGCCAAGCAUCUUACUGAUUUCAUUGUUUUAUCGUAUUUACUCGUGUGCUUACUGUAUAUAUACACUCAUACACACCGAUAAAUAUGUCGGAUUCGGAGGAAGAGAGCCAGGAGCGGCAGCUGAAGAUGGUGUUAAUCGGAGACGGAGCUUCGGGAAAGACGUCACUCGCCACUCGUUUUGCGCAGGAAGCUUUUGGGAAGCAGUACAAACAGACGAUAGGGCUUGAUUUCUUCCUCAAGAGAAUCACACUGCCAGGGAACCUGAAUGUGACUCUGCAGGUGUGGGACAUUGGAGGACAAACGAUUGGAGGAAACAUGCUGGAUAAAUAUAUAUAUGGCGCUCAUGGUGUCUUACUGGUGUAUGACAUCACGAACUCUCAGAGUUUUGAGAAUCUGGAAGACUGGUAUGGUGCAGUGAAAAAAGCAAAUGAGGAGUCAGACACACAACCUGUUAUUGCACUGGUGGGCAACAAGAUUGAUCUGGAGCACAUGAGGACAGUAAAACUGGAUAAACACCAGCGUUUCUGCCAGGAGAACGGCAUCAUCAGCCAGUUCGUAUCAGCCAAGACUGGAGACUCGGUUUUCCUCUGUUUUCAGAGAGUGGCAGCUGAGAUUCUGGGAAUAAAACUGAAUAAAGCAGAAAUAGAACAGUCCCAGCGGAUCGUUCGAGCCGAGCUGGUGGAUUAUUCUCAAGAUGAGGCACCAGUUAAUCACGGGACCAAUCAGAGCAAGAUCUGCUCUGUUCAAUAACACAACAAGGGUGGUGAAGGCCGACAUUGUAAACUACAGUCAGGAAUCGGUGGCUCGGACAGUCAACGCUCCACGCAGCUCCAUGUGUGUUAUACAGUGAUCUACACAACACCAUCUCUCUCUCUCUCUCUCUCUCUCUCUCUCCGUUUACGAGACUGCAACCAGCAAAGAGCAACACACGCAUACACACAUUUAUCCCUUUGUUCUCUCGUAUAGUGUGUGUAUGUGUGUGUAGAUCUACAGCAGUAGAUUUCAGCAUUCUGCAUUUGUAAAUGCCAGUUUCUUAAUAUGUAUGUGCUAUAAUAAUAAAUGUGUUUAGGAAAAAUAAA